UCGUUAAGGAGAAGCGAUGGGUUACGUUUAGCUCCGGGAGACACAACAAACAUGGAGGCGGUAGCGACGGGAGUUGAGGGCCCAGGUGGCUGCAAAGUGCAGCGGCGGCUGAUUGUAGAGGCUUUAAUCAGAAAAAUGUAUUUCCAAGUAUGAUGGAACAUAAAUCUCAGGAGUGGAUUUUUGAUGCCUGUGUCAAUGACUUGAAACUGAUUCGGACAAAAGUAAUUAAGGAAAAGUGGGACACAGCUGCUUUAUGUCUUGUAAGAUAUCUUGAAGAAUUCACAAUGUUUUCAACAUAACAAAUUCAGCACAGAAGUAGGCAAUUUGCAGCCCUUCUAGUUCAGCACCUUCGGGAGAGCCAAAGGUUCCUCACUCUUGUUUUAAGAAACCAGUUUAAUGAAAUUGAAUGCAUAUUUGGUACAUUGCAAUGUAUUUUUUUAAUGCUCAAGGAAUGUUUAAUAAUUUUGUAGUAACUCUCAUGUAAUCAUAAAACACAUAUAUGUGACUUCAGUCAUUGCAAACUGCUUUGUGUGGAAGAAACAGAGUAAAUGAUUUUAUAAAGUUCUAAUACAAACAGCCUCAGCCAGUGAUAAUCUCUGGUUUCAUGUACUACACUAAGCCAUGAGAAGAUUACUUUUUAUUGUGACUUAGCUUGUAGUUAAGCAAUUUUAGUUUUCAGUGAAUCACUGUUGCCAAACUGGCUUCUGCUGUGUAAACCCAGCCAAUUUCUGUUGGGCUAGGCAGUUUAUUUGGGCUGGAGAACAUGUUUGGAAUUUUGAGAGUACAGUAAUAUGUGUCCUCACCAAGUAGCAGCCAGUGGAACUUGUUUAUUCAUAAGAUGGCUGCCAUUAUAGCUGGCCCACUUAGAAAAAGUCUGUUUACCAGAAGGCAAAGUUGUUCCACAGCUUUAGUCUUGUAGCAUGCUCUUUACUAUCCCAGUUUACCUGUCUCUUUUUAAACUGGUUAAAUGGGUACAUGUCCAAACAAAUUACUGGAGUGCCACCAUUUGUUUAGUUUUUAUUUACUCAGAGGGAUUACUGAGAAUAAAAAUGGUGCUAGAGAGUGACACGUUGCCUUUCAACAUGUUAGCUUUUCAUUUGGUGGUGGUUGUUUUUUUUCAAAUUAAAAUGUUGUAGAAAAAGCAACAAGGAAGGUAUAUACAUGCAUGAUACCUAUGCAUAACAGAUUGCCUUCCUUUUUUAUUGUGUAAGUUAGAAUGAUAUUUUAGCAACAAAUUACUGUACUAAAAGCUGGAAACAAUUUUGUUGUAAAUUUUAACUUGAUUUUAUGUUUUAGGUUUGCAACAUUGUGAAGUUGUAGUGUGACUAUGGGUGAAAAGAAACCAGAACCUCUGGAUUUUGUAAAAGAUUUUCAGGAAUACCUAACUCAACAGACCCACCAUGUGAACAUGAUUUCAGGCUCUGUUACUGGGGACAAAGAAGCAGAGACUCUUCAAGGAGCAGGGACAGAAGGUGAUCAGAAUGGAUUAGAUCAUCCUUCAGUUGAAGUUCCACUGGAUGAAAACUCAGGAGUGUUAGUAGACGGUUUUGAAAGAACUUUUGAUGGAAAAUUAAAAUGUCGAUAUUGUAACUAUGCCAGCAAAGGAACAGCACGACUCAUAGAACAUAUCAGAAUCCACACAGGUGAAAAACCACAUAGAUGCCACCUAUGUCCCUUUGCAUCAGCCUAUGAACGUCACCUGGAAGCUCAUAUGCGGUCUCAUACUGGUGAAAAACCUUAUAAAUGUGAAUUGUGUUCCUUCCGCUGUAGUGACAGAAGCAACCUGUCUCACCACCGGAGACGCAAACAUAAAAUGGUGCCAAUAAAGGGUACAAGACCUUCCCUUAGUAGCAAGAAGAUGUGGGGUGUUUUGCAAAAGAAGACCAGUAACUUGGGGUAUAGCCGAAGAGCACUAAUUAACUUAAGUCCACCUUCCAUGGUGGUUCAGAAGCCAGACUACCUUAAUGAUUUCACUCAUGAAAUCCCAAAUAUUCAGGCUGAAGCAUAUGAAAGUAUAACAAAACCAACAGAGACCAGUGGAUUGCCGAGAGAUUCACAAGACCUUAUGAUAGAUAACCCUUUAAAUCAGCUAUCUACUUUAGCAGGACAGUUGUCUAGUCUGCCCCCUGAAAAUCAGAACCCACCUUCUCCUGAUGUUGUACCAUGUCAAGAUGAAAAGCCUUUUAUGAUGCAGCAGCCUGCUGCACCAACUUCUGUUCCAGCUGUAUCAACCAGUAUUCCCCAGAGCUCAUCUCCUACAAGUCCAGAUCCUCGUCCUGUACAUUCACAAAGAAAUUAUAGUCCUGUGGCAGGCCCUAGUAGUGACCACAGUGCUCAGGCCAGCACCCCAAGUAUCAGUAACAGUCAACCAAGUACUCCAGCACCAACUCUUCCAGUUCAAGAUCCUCAGCUUCUGCAUCACUGCCAGCACUGUGAUAUGUAUUUUGCUGACAAUAUCCUGUAUACUAUUCAUAUGGGAUGCCACGGAUUUGAGAACCCUUUCCAAUGCAACAUCUGUGGUUGCAAAUGUAAAAACAAGUAUGACUUUGCUUGCCACUUUGCCAGAGGCCAACAUAGCCAGCAUUGACUGAAUUUAAUGUACACUGUGCUUUUAUUUAUUUGUUUAAACACAUUUCUAUCUGUCUCUUACACAAUUGGGAGGUUGCCUUUUGAGGAAUUCAGAUAACAAUUUAAUGUUGGAGGCAAACAACUUAUAUUGUCACAAUUUGCUGAUGAUAUGCUUGCUAGUCAUGGUGGUAUUGUUCACACUGAGCUCUUAAAACAAAAAUGAGGCCUACAGUGCAAAUAUACCUUCUAAAAAGGUUUGUUAGAGCAACAAAAUGUGGAUUUACUUUAUAUAAUAUGAAGCCUUGGAUCAGUUCUAGCACAGCUACAGUUCCUUAGGUUAGCCUAUGCCACAAAAUAGCCCAAUAAUUCUGCUAUUCUUAAAUUACCCUAAUACAAUCAGCGUGGAGGCUAUAAGAUUGUAUGAAUGGGCCAUACCCUAAACUACUAGAAAAUUCUAUAAGCAUUACCAACAAACGUAAUGUCAACAAGAAAAUCUGGAAUCCCCUGCCUGCAAAACCCUGUAAUUGCAGUCAGGUGUUUAAUGAUGUUCCUUUUGUAAUAGUACAUUGUGGAAGUAAUAAUGUGAAAUAAGAGUACAAAAAUAUCCAACUUCCAGUGCUACUAUCCUGUUCUUUAAGGGGGGAAAAACAAUACAAGGGAACAGUGCCUAGUGUUAAAUGUUUGUAACUUUUUAAAAAACUGCGGAAAAAAACCUUUAGAACAAAAUGGAUAAUGUGUUAAAACAAUGUACCAUAAUCAUCUUGGCUAGCUUUGUAGUGCAUUACAAAUAUUUUCAUUGCCUUUAAGUGCUGAAGUUUGUGCUAUUUUGCCUUUGCCCUCUGAGCACCAGUGUCUUUUAAUGGAAAUGAAGCAAGAAAGUUAUGUGAUUAUGAUGAUCCAUUCAGAUUUUGUGUGGGUCAUUUUAACCAUGAACACAUUUCCUUUUUGAAAAUGGCAUUCUAAUCAUAGAGGCAGCAAUUGACAGAAAAUAGUCAAGACUGUUUUAGUUUUCAUUAAAAAUUCUGGACUUGGUAAGGCAAGAUACAAAUAUGGAGAAUCACAAUAAUGAACUGCAGUGGAUAUAAGUUGUAUGAUACUUCUGUCUUUUAAAAAAAUACCUAGGAAAAUGAAUAGGCACUUUAAACAAAUUAUGCUAGCAGAAACUACAGAAUACUAGUUUAUAGCACAUAAUUCCUUAAUAGCAUACAGAAGAAAACACUUUGAAAUGCACUUUUAUUGUAUAUUUUUUUAUUUCAUGAGAAACAAAAAUAUACUUUAUAUUGGUAUCCCUUGCAUAACAAGUAAAUAUGCACAUACAAACCUAUUUCAAAUAUAAUAGAGUGCAUUUAUUGAACUGUUUAAUAUCUCUGCUUCUCUUUAUGUGUAGAAAGGUCUGAUUACAAGCUUCAUCUUCAGAACUUUUAGCAGAUGAACAUUUCUCUAGUGACUGUUUCUGAUGGCCAAAACAGAUGCUUUUCUAAGCUGCCAUGGAUGCCUGCCCAAAUUCUAUUAAAAAAAACAAAUAUAAAAAACUAUAUCCAAGAGUUACACAAGUCCCCCUCUGAAAAAUGGGACUUUCCAGACCUUGAGGAAAGGCUUUGGAAGAAGGAAUACAGGGUGUAAGGAAGAAAAUUGUCAUAUACUUGGAGACAAUCUUACAUGCAUUCUAGUCAGAGCAUUUUUAGAAUUACCUGAUUUUAUUUGAAGUUUUGCUGUUUAGCACAGAAACUAUCAGUGGUGAGUGUUUAAAAUGCCUUUGCCACAAAAGGACGUCACAAAGGCCCUAGCAGGAAAAGGCAAUGUACAGCCUUCCAGAUGUUGCACUGAAAUUUGCAUCAUUGCUACUGGACAUAUCUGUCAGUGCUGAUGGAAACGGGCUCAGCAACUUCAAGAAGCUUGGAUGUUGCCCAUCUGCAGUAAGCCAUGAGAGGUAGAGAGUCUCUGGUAAAUAGCUACAAUUUGGGCAGGAUAGCUGUUGGUGACCCCAUCUGCCUAAAGCAAAUCAGUGGACUCACUUAUUUCUUCAGUGGGGAAUAUUCCUUUUGGGAAAAAAAAUCCCAAGUAUAUUUAAGUUCUUUUAUUUGCAAAAGUCCUGUAAAUAUUUUUAUGACAAAUAAUAUUCAGUCGCUUAAUACUUGAGUAAAAUACUCUCAUUAAAUACUUUCAAGUUUUUUAAACAGCACAUUAUUGGAAUUAUCUACUUAUUUAAUGUUCCUUUCUAGCAGUUUCCGUUUAAUGAGCUUCCAAUGAUAUAUAUGUUCAGAAGCCAGUGACAAAAUACUCAUAAAGUUUUGUUUGACUGGGAUUUGCCAUGACAGGAGCAAAAAAGUAAUUUUUAGUAUAAUGCUGGAGGAGCUGAAUUGACUACCAACUAAGUAAAGGCUGUUAAAUGUUUUAGUUGGCCAUCUUGAAAUUUUCAUAAAUGAGCUGUGUGCCAAAUCUGAUUUUCUU